AUGCUUAGCGGGGAAGGGUUCAAGAAAGGGUUCGGGAAGGGUUCAGGGAAGGGUUCAGGGAAGGGGCUCAGGGGAGACAGGGUGUCAAUUCUUCGUCAACGAAACACGCUGAGCCAUGGUGGAGCAUCGGGAUGGUGGGCAGUGGGCAGGUCGCGAGAAAAAGAAAGGGCGUGGGCGUGGGCGUGA